CAUGGGGAUUCAGGCAUAGGAUAUUUGGGGUUGUCAAGCCCGAUUCACCAUUUCUUGGGAUGCAUCUGGGGGGUAUAUCCGGUGGGUUGGGGAGUCUAUUCAGGUUGCAGGGGAAGGGUCCUUCCUGGGAGGGUGGGUCGCAUGAGGGUGAGGGGGUGUACGGAGGGAUAAAUUUGAUGGUGGCUCAGCUAUCAACUCUACAGCACAUUCUAUCGCUUGCGUGGACGGGGGGGGGGGGGGUUUUUCAGAAGAGACGGCAGCGAAAUCUCGUGGUUGUGCAAAGUAAGCAGGGUAUGUUUGAAUCAAAAUAUUCUCAUCGGAGGCGUGAAUGCUAAAGCAGGUAUCAGAUAGAGCUGGGGAUUGGGUGGUAAAGUUUAUCGAUAGAGACCACUCUUGUCUUACCUCUGCGAUGGGGCAGUACUUGAUGUCGCAGAUUCGGUUAGAGGUUGUUUUCUGGUCUAGCCGCCCUCUAUAACGGAAUCAUUUAACUAAUUGCAAUAGAGGCUGCCUCGCCGAUCCCGCAGGCCAGAAAAACCGCUACAAGGCAAUCCGAAAACUCGAAACCGGCAAUCAAGCCCUGAGAAGUAAAACAGUCCACGUGCGCUUUGUAAACUACUACAUGUCCUCCACCGGG